AUGAGGGGAAAAGAAAUAGGAGAGAGCCCUGCCUACUUGGGGCACCACCCCAGGGACCCCUGUCCUUUUGCACGACUGCCAGGAAGGAGGAGGAGGAAGAAGAGGUGCGCCGAAAGGGAGAGCCACAACUGCGUCACCAGAUGUGAUAUCAAAUGUGUGGGGAAGUCCCACCUGUUUGCAGAGCGGAGAGGUGGAGACCAUGAGGGGGGGACUUGCGAAGGGGGGGUCAGCCCCAGGGGGGGGGAGGAAGUUACACCGCAUACACCGCAUGGGGAGGGACAAACUACACCUCGUAGGGAGGAGAAACCCCCCGCGCAGCAGUUGACCAAGCAGGAGAAGCGGUUUGCCAGGAUAAGAAGCGGCGUGGACAGGCUGCUCUUCGUCAACAGGAAUUUGUUGGAGGCUCUCCAGGAGGGGGACCCCCACGAUGACGCGAAGGGGGAGAAGAAGACGACCAAAAGGACCAAAACGACGAAAAGGACGAAGACGACGAAGACGAGCGUGCAGGCGGAUGGCCAGUGCCCAGAAGAGGCAGAAACGCUGCUACACCGAGUGGGUAGCUCCCACUUUGAUGAGGAGCUCAUAAGAAUGUAUGCCAACCUCAUCGGGGGGAUCGUCGACGGGGGGGUGAUCCCCUUGGCGGGUGUAGAGUCCGGGGGGGAGGUGGACUCCUUGGACAGGGAAUUUCUCAAUUACGUGGCGGUUCUCCUAUUGCGCGGCGAGGGGGGGAGUACCCCUGUGGAGAGUGCCCCGGGUACCCAUCUGGGUGGCACUGCCAACGAGGAGACCCCCCUCAAAGGAGAGGACCACGUGAGGGAGGUGGCCAAAAAGCUGCUGCUCCUGAAGGAGGCAAUCGCACAGAUAGCCAAAGAGAACAACAUAAAAAUCGCUAGCAUCUACAUAGACGACGAAACGGGAGAAGUGAAGGUCAAGCGGAGCACCUUCCAAGAUGGGAGUGAAAGGAGGAGCAACUGGAGGUUAAUUUUUUUGGGAACAGGGUCUAUGUACCCCUCAACGAACAGAGGCACUUCUUCCUUUCUACUGCAAACGAUUAAGAAGAAGUGCAAUGAGGCGUUCCUCUUCGACUGCGGAGAGAACACCUUCAUAGCUUUGCAAAGGGCAAACAUUAAGAUGAGCAAAAUAAAUAAUAUUUUCCUUACGCACCUGCAUGGGGACCACUGCCUGGGGUUGAUCUCCGUCCUGACCAUGCUUAGAAAUUCGAGCGCGAUUAACAUUUACGGCCCAGAGGGGACUCACCGCUUCUUAAGGAGCACCUUCAGCGCGACCUACUCGAAGCGGAUGGCCAGGUUCUUCGUGCAUGAGAUGCGGGCGGGGGGAGCGCAGCCUCCCAACACGGGCAAGCUGUCAACCCGAAGGGGCGAACAGUCAACCCCGCUAGGCAAACUGCCACCCCCGCUGCCCAAUAUGCCAAUCGCGCUGCCCAAUCUGCCACCCCCGCUAGGCAAAGUGCCACCCGCUUCCGCGCGAAAGAAGCGCGACGACGUGGAGGUCCUCCUCCCGGACGAGCGCAACACAUACGCAGUGUUCCGAAACGACCACUUGGAAAUUCUGGGCUUCCCCAUCAAGCACACGGUCCCCACCAUCGGCUACGUCAUCCGGGAGCUAAACGUCGAGAGCAAGUUCAACGCACCCUACAUAGAUGAGCUUAUUAAAAGGAAUUACAAUCAACUGAAGAAGUGCAAAUCGCUCGAGUUUGACCCCCACAAGGUGUAUGAGCAUGUCAUUAGAAAAAUGAACGAGGGGGACGUCGUGGUCUUCCCAGAUAAGACGCAGCUUACGUUUGGAGAUGCCUACAAGGAGGUCUACAGGGGGAGGAAGGUGGUCGUUUGCCAAGACACCUAUGAUGCAUCUAGUUUGGAGGAAUUCGCAACCGAUGCGGAUGUGCUCAUACACGAGGCGACGAACAGCUUGAUCGAUUUGACCGACCAGGGUGUCGCUCCCCCGGAUGGGUUCUGCGAGGAUAUGCAGUGUAACGGCGCAGACAUGCAGUGUAACCGCGCUGACGCCGCUUCUAACCUGGCUGACGCCGCUUCUAACCGCGCGGAUGCCGCUUCUAACCUGGCUGACGCCGCUUCUAACCGCGCGGAUGCCGCUUCUAACCUGGCUGACGCCGCUUCUAACAGGGUGCCCCCCCUCCUCGUGCGGAGGUACAACCAAACCAUUGCCGAGCGGGGGCACUCCACGGCCAACAUGGCGGGAACCUUUGCCAAAAGAAUCAACGCCAAGAGACUCAUUCUGACUCAUUUCUCGCAAAGGUACAUUGGAGAUAACAAGCUGAAGAACAUAGCCACCAUGCGUAGAAUCGAGCGGGAGGCAGAGGAGUCCUUUCGAGGGACCUCCCAGGGGGGGAGUGAAGACGCGGCCGACUGCUCCGGCCCCCCUGACGAAAGUUGCCACGGCGAAAAGGAAGUGAUCGCUGCGUAUGACGGCCUAAUUGUCUACGUACCUCCGCAGAGGGUGAAGUGA